CAGGCCGGACCAGCCUGGUUUAACUCGCUUAGAAUUCCCGAUUCCGACCAUCGCUAACUCGAUAACAGCCACAAGUCCCAUCUCUCUCUCUCUCUCUCUCGCUAAUGGCGGUUCCUAGCCAUCUCUGCUUCUCUUUCUCUCACCCUUCGUUCCUUUCUUCAUCUCAAACUACUAACCUUUGCAGUCCGUACAAGCUCUCACAAUUGUCAGCGCUUCUUCCGGCCGCUCCUCCUCAUCAAAGACAGACGACGCCCCGCAAAAUUCGGGCCGCCGGCGGGGACUUUCUGGGCGAUUUCGGGGCGCGAGACCCAUUUCCGGCAGAGUUGGAAAGUGGGUUUGCCGAGAAAGUGUUGGGCAGCGUCGACACUGAGCACCGGAUUCUCAUCCCCAAUAUCUCCGCUCUGUCUCUUGCCCAGCAAAAGUGUUCUCCAGUUUCUCCUUUGCAGCCUCCCAUGCAGCCAGAGGACGCUCAAAAGCUGUUAAAGAAGGUUGUCGGCUGGCGACUGUUGGAUGAAGAAGGGGGACUUAAAUUGCAAUGUUUGUGGAAGCUAAGAGAUUUUAAAUGCGGUGUUGAACUCAUCAAUAGAAUAUUCAAGGUCGUAGAAGGUGCUGAUCACUUCCCAAACCUACAUUUGGAGCAACCUAACCAAGUGAGAGCCGAAUUGUGGAGUGCAUCCAUUGGAGGAUUGAGCAUGAAUGAUUUCAUUGUAGCUGCCAAAAUAGAUGAAAUAAAGACCUCCGAUCUUGCUCCCAAGAAAAGAAUUUGGGCAUAGUAGCUGUGUGCGCUUAUGGGGACCAUCCAGUUGCUGUAAUUGAUGGAUUCUCUGCUCUUGAUCCUCAUUCUUCCUCUACCCUUCCAUUCAUUAAUCAUUUGUUGUCCUGCUGUAUUGAUAUCCAUUUUGCCUUGAAAAAGAAUCUGGCCAUAAAAUGGGUCAUUGUCUGAUCUUCUUGAAGACAGAUCUGUAUGUUCCUUAGGUCAUCAUCAUCUUCACCCAGAAAGAACUGAAUUUCAAGCUGGUUACUGAGCUAUAGUUUACUGAAUCUCAUGCUACCUC